AUGGUGGUAAAGCUUAAAAGGGAGGCGAGUGAUGCAAUUUCAGGCACACUCGGUAACGCUACAGAGCAAAUAACUGAACGGGGAAGAAAAAAAAAAAAAAAAAAUUUAACUCAUCGAUUAGAGCAUCAAUGUGAAAAUUUAAUUAACGAAGUGAUAACACGAGUGAUGGUCAAUUUCCAAGUUGGUUUGUGCAUUUUCUCGCAAUUAUGCGUGCUGGCCGCGUGUCAGAGGACCUUCCUAGAUUCGCCGUUCAAUCUCUUCAAAUUGCGUGCAAUUCGUAAUUAUCUAAUUCAAAUUUUCGAAAAUGAGGAACGAAUUGCAACGAGUUAUCAAAGAAAAAUUCAAUUGGACGUUCCAUUCCCUUGCAACGUAACAGGCGGUAGAUCUUCUAAAAUUCCGAAUUCGGUCCAUCGUUUAAGACCAGGUGACAUAGAUGUGAUUGCGGCAAUAGGGGAUUCUUUGACAGCCGGUUCUGGAAUUUUUGCAAAAAAUCUACUGGGAAUAUUGGUGGACAACAGAGGGGUGCAAGCGAAUAUCGGUGGUAAAGGGACUUGGAGGACGUAUCUUACCCUCCCCAAUAUCCUCAAAUUGAUUUCGAUAUUUAUCGGGCAUAAUGAUUUUUGUACCGAAAUAUGUGCAGUUCCCUCUCCAUGGUCCAUUGUGGAAAAUCAUAAAAUCCAAUUAGUCGAAACUCUUCGAAUAUUAAGAGACAAUUUGCCAAGGACGUUUAUUGCCAUUCAAUUACCGCCUCAUUUAAAAGUACUCGUCGCUUCACGCAAGGGAAGAAACUCGUUGAAAUGCUACGUAACGACAAUGAUCGAAUGCUCGUGCCUGUUUGCUUUGCAAUUCCAAGAUUGGAGGCAGGAAUAUUAUAAAGUAAUAGCAAGAUGGCAAGAAUUAGAGGAGGAAAUCGCCGAUUAUCCAGAAUUUCAUAGAAAUGAUUUCACUAUAGUCGCUUUACCAUUUCUCAAAAAUGCUGCGCUUCCAUUGGCUGACGAUGGAAAUUAUGAUUUAUCAUACUUAUCCCCUGAUUGCUUUCAUUUAAACCAGAAAAGUAAUGCACAAAUUGCGAAUACUUUAUGGAACAAUUUGUUAGAACCCGUUGGUAACAAAUCUACCUCUUGGACACCGAUAUUUGAAAGAUUUUUGUGUCCUACUCCUGAAAGACCAUUCCUGAUGACGCGUGAAAAUUCGAAACAAAAAUAAAAAAAUUUUUCUUUCUACGAUAUCCAUCGACUUUAAUUAUAAAUGUUAAAAUCUAGAUGUGAUAAAAUCGUGCCAUUCUAGUUAACAAUCUAAUAAUGUAAUAUUAUUUUUAUUAUUGUUAUUAUUGAAAUUUAUUCGGUUAUAAAUAAAAUUAUUUCCAAUUA